AUGGCAAUAUACAAUAUGUUCGAUUUUUUGAAGAGAAUUCCCGAAUUCGAUGGUAAACCUGAGGAGCUUCCCCUCUUUAUCCAGUCAACUGAAGAGUUAAGGCAAUAUGUCGAUGGCCCAAGUAUAACUUUAUUUGAUUUACAAAUUAGGCAUAAAAUAUUGAAUCAAGCUAACAUUGCUCUCAUUAACAAUAAUAGUCCCACAAAUUGGGAAGAGAUCAAGAAAGUUUUAAAAUCUAAUUUCAGUAUUACAGAGAGUAUAGAGAGCUUAGUAAAUCAAAUAAAAACAUUAGAGAUGAGGAAUAGCAUUGAAAACAUGUAUGAACAUUUAGUACAUUUACUAACUAAAUUAAAUUUAAGAGCAAGUGUCGAAGAGAAUUCAUUGGCCAUCCAUUCAGGCAAACAAUCCAGCCAUCCAACCAGCCAUCCAACCAGCCAACCACCACAUGGCUGGAUGUUGUUAAUGGACAUGAUUGACUUGUUGCAGCCAAUGUGUUGUUUAUUUGUUUUACUUUUAACGGAAUAUGGUCAUGCAGCCAAUAAAUCGUCAAAUACCAAAGAUACCACAAAAACAACAACAAAAACAUCAUCAUCGAAGGCAACAACAACAACAACGGUAGCACCAGCAUCCACCAAAGCUAACGAGAAGCUAUCAUAUCCGAAAAAGGUCAACACUUUAAAGAAACGUCCAACCAAAUCGACAUCGCUCAAGAAGGUGGCUGACAUAACCGAUAAAUUCAAAGAUCUGCCAGCCGAUGAUUUGGCCUUUAUCAAGGAACUGGACAAGCAGUUCAAACAGCAUGGUGGCAAGGUGAAAAUCAAGGUAGAAAAUGAUAAUUCAACAGCGCCGGGAUCAUCGGGCAAGAACAGCAAGAGGACCAUUGACGGGGAGCUGGGCUAUGGCUAUUCGCACAAUGGCUACAACUACAAUCCACCGAAAUUCGAAUUCUAUCCCUACUCCCAGAAGGACAUACCCAGUGAUGGACCCAAAUACUUUCUGCCCAAUGGUAAGACCGAAGUUUCGGUGGAGCCUUCCUAUUCCUAUGAACUGAAGCCACAAACCUAUGUAACGCACAAUGAUGGCGCCCAAGUAGAUUUGCCACAACCGGAGCAACCUCAGCAUCAACAAUUUUCAGCCGAACAACACCAUCCGCAGCAGGCACCACAACAACAACAAUAUGAAGAACCUGUUAUUGUCUUGCGCAUACCCGGCCCCGCAAAGUAUGCUUCACAUUUGCAAACUUUGCUGCAGCAAUAUUUGGAAAUACGCGCUGCGCAAUAUUUACGGAUUUUAGAGGAGGCGGAACAACAACGUCAUCUUCAACACCAGCAACAACAACAACACUAUUCCCAACAACAACUCGAACAUGAGCCACAACAUCAACAACAGCUACAGGAAAUCGACUAUGGCCAACAUGCCGGUCAUGUGGAGGAGGCUCCAGCCGCAGCACCCAUAGCCCAGGAACAUCACCAGGAAUAUCAACAACAACAAGUGCAAUAUGAGGAGGCACCCCAGGCCCAAUAUCCGCCCAUUGAUGAUGUCUAUCAAACCUAUAAAUACAAACAUCCCACACAUCCCGAACAGGCCCAACAACCUGAGUCACAGGCCUACUAUCAGGCCCCAGAGCCUGAACAACAACACCAGCCACAACCACAACAACAUUAUGCACCCCAGGCCGAACAGCCCCAGUAUUAUUAUGCCCAUCAACAGGAAUAUGCCCAGCCGGAGGGACCACCAGCCACCUAUCAACAUGUCUUUCUCAUUUCCAUGACUCCCCAGGCCAUUGGCGAUUAUGCAAACGAACCUCAGCAGCAACACCAGCACCAACACCAGGCCGAGGAACCCCAUGCCAUUUAUGUCCCCGAACAACCGGUGGCUGAUGUGGGCGAUCAUGCUCACUUGCCCAUAACCGAAAAUAAUCCCCGGCCCUCACAUACCAAAGUCAUAUUCACCCACAAUCCCGAACAUGCCGGCACCGAUUACUCCAACAUGUAUCCCCUGCCCUCCAUUAAACCCAAUGAACGACAUGCCCCUCACUCUGUGCCGGAUUAUCAUCAGGACUAUCAACAGCAAAUUCAUGCCUCGCAGGCAUAUCAACAACAGGAAUCUCAUGAAUCUAUGCAGCAUUAUCAGCAGCAUUAUCAGCAGCAACAGGUCUCAGUGCCACAGCAUCAGCUGCAACAUCACCAACAACAACAACAAGUAGUGGCCAUAACCCAAAGACCCUUCAACUAUCAUGCCCAUGGCACCAAGCCCAGGGCUCGAGGCCGCAUUAAUCACAAGCGAAGAGCUUCGGCAGCCGAUGCGGCCGAAAAAGCCGAUCAAGAUUUGAAAAAGAUCACCGAUUUUGUGCGCGAUAAAUUUGGUGCCGAAAAGGGUUCAACGGUGGAGUACAAAACCACCCAAGUGAUAAGCACAAAGAAAUGAGAGAGAGGCCAGCAAUAUUGGCUCUCUCUCCCCCCCCUCUCCCGGAGAGUAACAACAUGG